UUGUUUUGGUCCCCUUUAUAAAGGAACCUGCCUGGCUUCUCCCAGCACAGACUUGAGAGCAAAUCCAGAGCUUCUUCCAAGAUGCUGCUGAUCCUGCUCUCAGUGGCCUUGCUGGCCCUGAGCUCAGCUCAAGACCCAGUUUCUGAAAGCAGCAGUGAAGAGUCUCUGAGCACCAUUUUAGAUGGAACCAACUCAGACUCAAGCUCAGACGAGGAUUUUCCCAAACCACCUCCUGAUGGACCCGGAGGACCAUCUCCUGGAGGACCCGGAGGACCACCACCUGGAGGACCUGGAGAACCACCACCUAGUCCCCCUCCUAAUGAUGGAAAUGAAGAUGAGGUACCUCUACCAGGGCCACCUCCACCAGGGCCACCUCCACCAGGGACACCACCACCAGGGACACCGCCACCAGAGGAGGAACCUGAGCAGAGUCCAGACAAAGAGGCACCAUCCAAGUAAUCUGAAAGUCAUUGACAGCUCAAUGACCUCUUCUCUCAAGUUUCCACCUGACUAGGCCUCUCAGGUCCAGUGUCCCUACUAAAUGAUACUUUAAUUUUAGGUUGCUAAAUUUAUCUAGCUAAAAUAUUUUCUUUUGAAUUAGUGUAUGAUCAAGGUUAUAAAAUAACUGAACAAAACCAAUACAAUAUUGUAAAGUAAUUAACCUCCAAUUAAAAUAAAUAAAUUUAUAUUUAAAAAAAAAAAACUGAACAGAAAGGUAUGAGGCUAAAAAGGCAUCCACAUUCUACCUUCCCACUUCCUUCCCCAAAGGCCACCACAAUUAAUUCUUGAACAUCAACUGGAAACACACCUUUUUAAAAUAAAUUUAUGUUUAUCCACAAA